AUCCAUACUCUCCGAUUCGGACGUCAUCUGCUGUCCAGUGUCGUUUCCCAGCCGCCGCGGACCAAUGAAGCGUGCAAAGACAGCUGCCGAUUAUUUUGUGCAGCUCCUUGUCUUGGCCCACCGCGCCUUGGGAAUCAGCCUACGACAUAAUUUUGUGAAUCUUUAGCAGUUUUCACAGCGUAGAAUCAAUUCAAUCGGUGCUAGACACUUGUACUUGUACCGUGCGCUGGGUGCUCGAUCACUAGCAGAUCUACGGUCGUAUACACCAUUAUAUUUCGAGUUAUCCAACUCGGAACCAUCCCAUAGGCGUAAGCAGGAUGAGUGGCGGAGCGUGCAAGGAAUUCAAGCCGAAUCUCUUCAAGAAGAACACAUGUCAGACUUGUUACAAGAGUAAAGAUCAGCACGGCGUGGGUGGUGCUGGUGGAGGAGACGGGACGUCUGCUCUGAAGCAACGCAGUACCUCGUCAGUUGGCGAGCGAACGGUUGUCAAGGACGGAUACCUAACUAAAGCCCCGCCAGACCUCAACGCAAAGUUCGGGUCCAAGCAAUGGAAGAAGCGAUGGUUUGUGCUGACGUCUGAUGCUACACUCUCCUACUACGAGAGCGAAAAGACAUAUCCCAAGAAAGCACUGGGUGACAUAAACCUUCACGACUGCUCGUCGAUCCGGGAUGGCGAUGGCGAGGCAAAGCAGUUCAACUGCAUUGCGCUGGCCACGGCAUCACGCACCUACUACAUCAAGGCGGAGAGCAAGGAGGAGAUCGACGGCUGGAUGGAGGCAUUGAACACGCAGCUAUCGACAGAGACUGCAUCGGAAGUCACCAGACCUCCCCCGGUAGCUGCAAGGAAGGGCUCCACGUCUUCCAAUUCCUCCACAGGAAGCAGCAUCGAGGAGCAAAAGAAAUCGCUAUCGUCGACCGCUGGAAGCAUCGAAGACACACCGCGUGCACGUGGAAGCAGUCAGAUUGCUAAGCUUCGAGCAAGGAGCAUGGCUUCCGAACCGUCCCGCCGUGAAACCCUGUCCACGAGUCGGAGAAGACAGGGCACUGGUGCAUCGUCACCAUCCACAGUGGCACAUGGCGUGCCCGUCGUCACGGAUACGGACUCCAUGACGUCACCGACAAGCGAUGACUGGGACACACUAGAGGACGUGGCGGAUCCGAGUCAAAGUAAACAAUCAGUUGCUGCAUCAGAAUCUGAUCGGCCGGGUGAAGUGCCUGCAGAACGCAGUCCUUCGCCUACCACGCAGCAAAAUAGCACAGGUGAAGAUAACACGUCGUCGACUCCUCUUGCUGCGAAUGCACCCAUGUCUGACAACACUAGGACACAGGAGAUGGCACAGGCUCAUGUUGCCACACCCGUGAACAGCCAGUCCCAGCCAUCGUCGUCCCGCGACGCGACGUCACAGGAAGCAACCAUCGAUGCGGCUCUCGUCUCAAAGUUGGAGCAGGAGCUCGGUGAACAUCGCCAUUGCCGGCAGACCCUCGAGAUGCAGGUUUCUCAUCUUCAAACCGACCUGACCAGCGCCAAAGCAGCCGCUCAGAAAGCCCAGCAGCAGUGCAGGCAGCAACAGGAAGAGCACUUUGAGCAACUCGACGAGGAGAAGCACAGGUGCUCUGAGCUUCAACGGAAGAGCGUUGGUCUGGAGGAUAAGAUCUCAGAGCUUACUGCCCAAGUCUCAACCUUGACCACUUCCCGUGACGAGCUCAAGACCACACUUGAGAGCAGCAAUGAAACAAACCAGCAGGAGAUCGCCCUGCUGCAAGAGCAGCUGAAAUCCCAGUCGGACACUGCUCAGACCAAAGUGACAGAGCUCACAAGCGCGGUGGAUGACCUUAAGCAUGAGAAGUCCGAGUUAGUAUCAAGGCUAGCUACUGUUACAGAGCAAGGAGAGACUGCGGUCGGAGAGUUGACUGAAAAGCACCGGGCAGAAACUACAUCAUUGCAGGCAAAGGUCAAUGAACUCUCUGCAGAGGUUGACAGGCUUGGCAAAGAGAAUACUGAAGCAACCGGUCGGUUAGAAAACCUGUCAACGAAUGCAAGUGAUGCGGGCAUCAAGAUGGAGGAGAUGAGGGUCAAGUACGCAAAGAGCGAAGAAGAGCUCAAGAAUAGGAUCACCCAUCUUGAAGAAACGAAUGCUGUGGCAACGUCAGAGCUGGAGCAGCGCAGGGAACGCGACCAGGCCGAAAGCCAGCGCCUGGAGGCCUUGCAUCAGAAACUGCACGCCGAUGUCUCAGCCCGGGACGGCCAGAUUGAGGAGCUCACCAACGAGCUGGCAUCAUUGCAGGCCACGCACACCGAGAGCGAGCGAGAGCUGACCGAGACACGAGAGCAGCUCGCCAAAGAACACCAGUCCAAUCGGCAGAUGCUAGACAGUCUGGCUGAGGAAGGAGAGAACGACUCGCAAGCUGCCCGCGCCGAACUGGAGCGUGAGAAGGAGCGAAUGAAGAAGGAGAACCGCCGGUCAGUUUCUGAGUACACUAUGCAAAUCGGCGAGCUUCAGGACCAGGUGAAUGAUAUGGAACAGCUGCAGAACGCACACGAUAGCAUUGCAGAUCAGCUGAAGGAACUGCACGCAAAGCUGGAAGCCUCAGAACGGACCGGCACCCAGCUGCAGGCUCAGCUGGAAGAGAGUACGACUACGCUCGAGAGCCAGCUUGCCGAAGCACGGAAAGAACUGACGGACACCAAGAACUGUCUUGAACUAGCUCGUACUACUGAAGCAGCCAGUGCAUCGGGUCUGCAGAACGAGCUCCACACGCGGUCUGCUCAGCUGGCUGAUCUCCAAGCAGCUCUGCAAGAAGCUGAGAUGGCGAGAGACCAGCAUGCUGUGGCAAUCAGGGAAGGAGAAGCGACACUCCGAGCGUGCACUGAGCAGCACAAUGAAGAGCUGAGCGCGCUCCAGAGUAAACUAGACGGAGCUUUGGUCAAAGUAAGCACCCUAGAGAAUGACACCAGCAGAAAUUCCAUGUCAGCUGCUGAGACGGACGGAGAAAUGAACGACUUGCAAGGCAAGGUGUCCACACUGGAAGCCAGGUUGGAUACAGAACACACAGCGCAUGCAACACGGGUCGGGGAGCUCGUCGAGGAGGUGAAGGAGCUGAGAGCUGCUGCAGCCGCUGCCGAGGCGACCAGAUCUAGUCUAGAGCAAGAGAAGUACGAUCAACAAGACGAGCUGCAGAAGCGGAGUCAGGAGUUGGAGCGACUACGAGCAGAGCUGCAGUCGGCAUCAAGGAGCAGCAGUGCUGCGGAUGAAGUGCGACAAGAAGAAACCAGUGCACAAACAUCACCAAUGUCCAUAUUCAGCAAGGGAAAGUCCACGGUCGCAGUGGACAAACCGUCAGAGUAUCCAAGUCAGAGCAGCGCGUUCACGUUUGCCAGCAAGUCCAAUGUGGCUGCGGCGAAGGGCACAAGCUUAGCAACAGAUAUGAAUGCUGCUGAGCUGCGUACACAGCACCAACUCGAUGACCUGGAGAAGCGAAACUAUCGCCUGGCACGCAAUGCCGAGAGGCACCAACAAGAGGAAGCAUCGGCAGGCGUCGUGACAACGGUCCCGCAGCCCAACGCCACCGCGGCAGUGCGUCGCCAGCUCUCGCAGCCGAGCAACGGCAGAGCACGGGCGGUGACGUCCAAGACGACGACGACGUCCGCUUCUGUGACUCCCACCGCAUCUCCAGUGUCACCUGGACCAGCCUUUACGGCAAAGAGCAGGUCACUCACUGUCCAUUCGCAAGCUAAGGCGACCACAGCAGCGGCGGCGGCGACGCCGCCUCCCAAGCCUCAGAAGCCCACUUUGAACAGGAGCAAGCAGCCGCCGCAGCGCAUCACUAGCCAGCCCGUACGGUAGCGAUAGCUAACCGUGGACUGGUCGGCUGGCCAGCCAUGCCACGCAUUUGGACAUUGGACUCUGAGGCUGUGCUCAGUGCCCUGAGCAACGGACACUGGGCGUGUUGAGAUCGAUGUGGUGGAGAGUCUGGAGACCUUCCGCUGCCUGUGGAGCUUUCUGUUACGUCUUCAGAGUAUUGAACCUACACAUAGGCGAGGAGAUUUUCCUAUCUCUAUUCUGUGCAGUAAUUAUUCAUAUUUACGGAUGUAGUAUUUGAGUUGUGAAGGCUUCCACCCCCCCCCCCACCCUCCCGCGCACUUGUUAGCUCUGACAUGAAGCUCCAGGGCGUAUCCAAGCAGAUUCCGAAGCUAGAAUUCUAGAGAGAUGUUGUGUAAUUAAUUAGGUUUUGAGUAUGUUGCUGAUGUUGGUCAUGGGAUGACUGCUCUAAACACGUAACACAUUAUCCAGAAGGGUUAUCCAUCUGAUGACACUAUUGUUACAUAUCUAUGUGUUCGAAGUGUGGUUUUCCCUGCGCUGCGCUGACGAGUCCUAAACGGACGAAACCGUUCUCUCCGCAGAUUGAUUAUCUAGAUAAUACAUAAUAUAUUUGCGCUUGGUCCCUAUGCGGAGGCUGGACUGACUAUUUUAGCGUUUCGCUUCCCACACACCCUUACAUUUUCGCCGCUUCGAAAUCAUCUCUAAGCUACCCCAAAAGAUUAGUCAAAAUACCUUUUUGUUUUCUUCUUGCUUGGCACACAGCUGCCACCAUUAGUUUACUUCAACUGAUGUCGAUACUUGCUUAGCUUCAAGGCUGCUGAGCACUUUGCAGUGGAAUAUCAAAGAUAAAGCUAUUAUAAAUUUUGAGGAUUUAUAGUCAUUUCA